AUGAAGACAUCGCUGGAAUGCGAACGGUCGGAGGGCGCAGAGAGCGCGAAGGGCCGGAUAUCGUUCAGCGUGGACUCGCUGCUGGGCAGCAAGAAUGAAGCGCCGCGGGACACGCCCGACGCCUGCAACGAAGCGGAGAGCGCCGGCGACUCGGACGACAGUGACGUCGAUAUCGAGGACGUCGAGUCGACGACGGGUGACGACAACGACCGGGACGAGAGGAACAGUACCAAUGAUGAUGAAAGCGAGACCAGGAGUGGUGUGGUGGUCCCCCAGCCUCUGCUGCCACGCCUCUACCAGGGCCCGGCGCCAGCCACCUGGCCCUUCGGUGCGUUUCCCUGGAUGGCACCAAACCCUAUGUUUAGAACGGGAUCGCCGAACGCUGGUCCUCCAAGUGGUCCUCCCGUGGUGCGAUGCCAACUUCGCAAGCACAAACCAAACAGGAAACCGCGAACGCCCUUCACCACACAGCAGCUCUUGGCCCUAGAAAAGAAGUUUAGGGACAAACAGUACUUGAGCAUUGCGGAAAGAGCAGAAUUCUCAUCGUCAUUACGACUAACGGAAACCCAGGUAAAAAUUUGGUUUCAAAAUCGUCGUGCAAAGGCAAAGCGAUUACAAGAGGCGGAGAUAGAGAAACUUCGACUGUCUGCAAGGCCGUUGCUUCCUCCGUCGUUCGCCCUAUUUGGCGGAGGUGGGGCUCCGCCUUUGUUCGCUGCGAUGGCUGCAGCGACGAGGCCACAACUCAGCUUUUUAGGAGGCCCACCUACACACCAGCACGCCAUAAAUAUGAAUAUACUGAAUUCAUUACAACCACAUUGACGGCAUGAGCACGCGGUGACGCGUGACGGAGAGCCACCAUCUUCCUAAUAUGGCGGCCAGGACUGACAGUUUAAUUACGAUUUAAUACACAGACUAAAACCAGUGACUUUUGACAAAUUAAUUAAAAACUGUGGUGUAUUAUAGUGCCAGUACUUAAUUUAAUGUAAAUUGGUAAAAAAGGUUUUAUUUGUCUAAAUGCAUAAUGACAUAGAUUAAAGUCUUCAAAGCUGAAUUAUUAAUAUAAGAUAUUAUUUAAAAAAAUCUCAAUGAAUAA